UACUGCAACACGCUUGCAGCUCGAAAAUCGCCAUCGGGAUUUUGUUAGCUCAGUAACCCGUUCGUUUCCACGCCAGGAAGACAAAGUGGGCCCAGGCCUGCUUCUUGCCGCCAGGAACAAAAAACGUUAUCUUGUUUUUCCCGUGAAACGCUUUAAAACAGAAAAGAUGACGCCUUCAGCAGAGGCUUUUUGAAUGCAGGAGACCGACGUCGUUGGGUGACAAUACCGAGUGACAGAAAAGGCAAAACCAUCUGAUUUUCUCCAUCAUCCAUAUUAGAAGACAUUUUAAAUGAACGAAGGGAAUCACUGCGUUUUAAGUGAAUGGUGUCACUGGUCUAACAUUGGGAGAAACGUGCCAUCUCCAGCAGCAGAGCAGCUUGUGAAACAGCAAAGAUAAAAAAAUAUUCCAGAAAAUCUCGGGAGACGCCCGCUCGAAUCACGGAAAUCCGCCCGCGGGAAGAGAAAGCAGGCUGCGAAGCUCCCGUGCCCGCGCCACGGGAGGCCGAGUGGGUGUGCCGGCGGUGGCGCCCCCGGCCGGGCGGCCACUGAGCGGGCGCGCCAAGGGGUAGGGUAUCGCAGGCAGCGGGACCAGCAGCACCGUCCGCAUCCAGCCUGUGCCUACGCCCCUGGGGCAGUGGCAGACCCCGCCGCUGGCCCCGCCACGCUUACGAGAAGAAAGGAAGGCGGGGGAGCGGAAUAGCCUCCAGACCCUGCGGGAACGGGGGAGGGGAGCGGGCUGUAUCCAAACCUUGGGCACUAUCGCGUCCUCCGCCGGUCUGUCCCCGCCGGUUGGCGCCAGGUCCCGGCGCGCGAGAACCGCCUGACACAAUAGGCAAGAGGGCGAAUGGAGGGGCGGACAAACGGCGCGACCCCGGCCCGUCACCCCGUCGCGGUUCCCGCCCGACCCACGACCAGGGCAGCAACAUCCUCACUCACCCUCCUUCGAGGAGGUUCGCCGCGCCGGGCAGGGACCGUCCCUAGCGGUGGUUCCGCUGCCGGUGCUCACUGAGCCGGCAUCCCCGCAGGACGGGGGCGGGGCGCUCCGGUCGGUGUCCCUGUGGCAACGGGUCCAACGUUAUUCCCUGCACAUAGCGGCUCACGGGCAGAGCAGGGCACGGCGCUGCGCAGGCGCCGCCCGAGCUCACACAAUGCAGGGCAGAGCGGUGCGCAGGCGUCAAGUAGCAAGCGGCGGAGAAGCCAAGCCGCGCCUGCGCCAGCCACAGACAAUAGCUGGCUCCGCUCCGGCCGCUGGGCGCUCCGUGCGCACGCGCUGAAGUACGCCGUGGCGGCGGGGUGCGAACAGCACUUCCCGAUCCUGGUCUCCUUAGCCAUGACUGGGCUUGCGCUGCGCUCAAUCGCUGCGGGCUCCAGGCCGUGGGCGGAAGAGCAGUGCUGCGCGCAGGCGCGAGUGCAGCCGUAGCCCACAACAAAAGGGAGAGGAGAGACUGCCAUCGUUCUCCUCCCGCGGCCGGGCGCGGGGAGGCGCCGAUAGGCGGCCAUCAGGGACUCCAUCUCCCAGGGCGCCCAGCGCGGCGCGCUGCAUGGUGGGACAUGUAGUUUUUACGCGCGCAGCUGAGCCCGGAGGUGUGGCGGGCCCUGAGCGUCGCCACGCUCGGCUGUGCCGGCGUUGGCCGGUGGCGGGUAGCAACGGCCCGCGCUGAGGCGCCCGUGGAGGUCUCUACACGAACGGUGGGAGUUGUGGUUCUUCCGGAAGCCUGCGGUGGUUGUGGAGCGCAGGAAGAGCCAGUGGAACUACUCUUAACCACCAGCUCUGUGGAGUCUUGCCGUUUAGUUCAGCGCUGGUUGCUUCCCUGGGAGUCGGCGGCGUCCUCAUGCGAGCGCCCCACGGGGAUCCCGCCCCGAAAGGUCCUCUGGAGCGGUACCAGAGGCGCUCCCAAGAGUGUGCCAGCGAAAGCAUCCAUCGACUGAAAUGUGCCUUAGAGGAAAGACAGCUUGCAGAGGGUGAGGGUGAACUUGCAUUUGACCGGUCCUCUAUGGACGAUAACAGUCAUGAUGUGAACAGUGAGAAUGCAGCCUGGCAGGAACUGCAGCACAGUCAGGCAGUUAAUCAACUUAAGAUUCUGUUGCAAGAUCAAGAAAGAGUGGAGAAUGAAGUGUCUCCGUCAAGAAGGAAGCUAUUUUACUGUGAGGAACUGUCUGGGAUGAAAGAUCGAGUAGAAGUAGUUGAACUUGAAAAUGAGAAACUCCUUCAGAAUUUGAAAUUAUUAAGUGCAGAACAUAUAAUGAGGGAACAGACUCUUCCAGAUGCCUCAGCAGAUACUCAGAACUCCUGGCCUGCAGGUGAUAAUGAUUGUAGUCUCAUUCCUCAGCCUAUCACCUCAUCACCGUUAGACAACAAAGGUCAGGGGUUUUGUAGAGCAACUGUUGGAGAGACAGAAAAACUGCUUGACAGACAGAAACUUCGUUAUCAAGAAAAAGUCAAUAUCCAUGAUGCUCAAAUACAGUCUCUAAGAAAAGACCUUUUGGAAUCUCAGAAGACAUGGAAAGAUUUGGAAGGAAAGCUAAGCCAACAGAAGUCACUUGCUUCAGCCACAAAUUCCAAGGGGAUUGGUGGUCUGUGUCUGAAAUGUGCACAACAUGAGGCAGUUCUUUCACAGACUCAUUCUAAUGUUCACAUUCAGACCAUCGAGAGGCUAACAAAAGAAAGAGACGAAUUGAUGGACGCACUUGUUUCAUUGAGACAAAACAUGAAAGAGAUGCAGCAAAGAGAAUCUAGUGCGUGUGAGCAAGUUAAACACGCUGUGCAAAUGGCAGAAGAGGCCAAUUUAGAAAAAACGAAGGCUCUAGUCCGGUGUGAACAGCUGAAAGGUGAGCUGGAACAGCAGAAGUAUCGUCUUGGAAAGGAGUUAGCUGCCCAGCUAAGUAAGAGGACUGAUGAAAAAGAGGCUCUGCGAGAAGAAAUGAAGAAGGAAAGGGACAACUUGGCAGCAAUGGUGACAGCUAUGUCUGAGAACGUGGCCAUGCUGGAGGCGCAGGUAGAGCGAACUACAAGGGAAAAGAACUCUCUGCUUAACCAGUUAGAAGAAUCACAACAUCAGCUUGCAUUUCAUGAAAUGGAGAUGAAUAAGGUGUGUGGAGAAAUGCGCUAUCAGUUGAAUCAAACCAAAAUGAAGAAGGAUGAGGCAGAAAAGGAGCUCAGAGAGUACAGAACAAAAACUAUAAGGGAGCUUGAAAUUAAGGACCAGAAAAUAGAAAAACUGGGAUUAGAGCUGAAUGGAAACAAACAGCGCUUGGAACAAGCCCAGCAGGAUGUGACAGGAGCCAGAGAGGAGUGCCUAAAACUGACAGAACUACUGAGUAAAUCUGAGCACCAACUGCACCUCACCAGAUUGCAGAAAGAAAGCAUUCAGCACAGCGUUAGCAAUGAAGCAAAGGCCCGAGCCCUUCAGGCCCAGCAAAGAGAGCAGGAGCUGACACAGAAGAUGCAGCAAAUGGAGGCCCAGCAUGAGAAAACUGUAAGUGAAUUGGAUUCGUUGCUGACAUCCCAGAAUACGUUCAUAACAAAAUUAAAGGAAGAAUAUUGUGUGCUGGCAAGGAAACUGGAACAAAAAUCGGAAAAAUACAGAUCUGAAGUCAACCAGCUUAGUCAGGAAAAAGAGUAUCUUCAUGGCAGAUUGGAGAAGAUGCAGAAACAGAAUGAUGAAUUGGACCAACAAUGUGUACAGCAUGGGAGAAUGCAUGAGAGGAUGAAGUCAAGGUUACAGCAGCUUGACAAGCACUGCCAGGCCACUGCCCAGCAGUUAGUGGAGCUGCUCAACAAACAGAAUCAGCUCUUCAAAGAGAAGCAGCUGCUUACAGAAGAGGUGCAGUUUCUGCGAACACAGGAGAAAAUUCGGGAUGCAGAGCUCAAACACGAUACAGAUGGAACCAAGUGAAAGGCUGGGACGCAUCAAGAGAAAGGAGCAGAAGUCUGCUCUGCUCUGCGUCUGGUCGAAACCUGGGCUUGUCUGAGACUUGAAGACACCGCUGCAGCAAACAGGCACACUUACUGGCUCAUUUCAACUGCUUGCUAGUUGUUUUUAACUAUAGAAUCGUAAGUAUUUUGAAAUCUUGCCAGCAGACCAAACUUCCAAGGAAGAGAGCUGAGACUUUUCUGAAAAGAUGAGCCCUGCAGGCCCAUUUUAGCAGCCUCAGAGGGUGGGCAGACUUUGUACAGUAGUCUAUAAACUUUUUUAAUCCAUUUUUAUAAUUGAACAUGAAUGUCUUAUUUACAGACAAAUACCAAUAAACUUAAUUGGAUUCUUACUUUCCUUGUUCUGCCCCUCUGAAUUCAAAGGAAAGCAUGUGCAUGGGUAAGAGGGAGAAGGGGAUUGUUUCUAUGUCCCCCACAAGCAGGCUGUGCUUUUGUUUAUAAACUCAUUACCAGAGUCUACCUGGGUAUUUAACUUUUACAAGGUAUUGUCACUAUAAAAGUGACAGUCCCAACAACUACUCACCCAUCAGAGAAGUGUAAGAGUGACUGAGAAAUAUUCCAUAUAAUGUGGAUGAUGUUUUUUUUUAUCCACUGGAUAAAGCCUUUAAGGAACCCUCAGUUAGUCCUGAUCAGCCUUUAAGUGAGGUGCUCAGCUCUCGGGACUGAAGUGGCAACGCUAGACUUUUCUACCAGCAAUCUCAGGACACCAGCUGAACUCUGCUUCAAAUUAUCAAAGCUGGAAACACUUGGACGAUACAUUGGGAGGGCUUCUUCCUGAUAAACUGUGCACUUGUGAUUUUAAAAGUUGCUUUCCAAAUACUAGCCUCCAUCAGAAAGAAUUUACCUGAAUUGUUUGUAAGCAGUGUUAGAUAAACUAAGUACACAAAAAAGUUUCUGCAGUUGUUAUCUUCAGUGUAGUUGUAGAAUUGCAGUAGUAAAGGGGAGAAAAGUACAGUUUCCCAUUGAUAAAGCUACCUCAGCCAGCAUGAGCACAUGACAUGUAACAAAACUAGAAGUAACGGCACAUGGAGUAAGUUACCAUUUGCUGUGGGACACACAAUCUUUCCUUCCCUUGUAUUUCAAGAAUUAUUAGUGGUACAGCCCUAACUUCAAAGUGGGUUUUCCUCCCUGUUCCAAUUUCCUGCCAUAUUAAACUGCCAAACACGUCUCAUUACCUCCCUGAACUAUUUCACCAGUAUGACAAUACAGCUGCUUAAACCGUGUCACCAGUAGGACAAUAAACAUGCUCUCUGGGGUUUUCACAGUAA